UUCCUCCUGAACUUAAAAGCCAAAUCCUACCUGGUUUUACACCAUUGCCCACACCUCCCUUCCUCUCAAUGUCUAUAGAGCUCAGACUUUCCCGUGCCAAUCGUAUCUAUCGCCCUUCUGAACCUCUGGAGGGCAAGAUCAUUGUGAAAUCUCCUUCUUCGAUUUCUCACUAUGGAAUUCGCCUUACUCUCAACGGAACCGUCAACUUGCAGGUUCGUGGUGGAUCGGCUGGAGUUAUCGAGUCCUUUUAUGGGGUUCUCAAGCCCAUCCCCAUCUUGAAAAAGAGCAUAGAGGUUAGACCUUCUGGAAAGAUUGGUCCGGGUAUAGCAGAGAUACCAUUUUCCAUGAUUCUGAGACAGCCAGGAGAAGACAACUUAGAAAGAUUUUAUGAAACCUUCCAUGGAGCCAAUAUCAGCAUACAGUAUUUAGUUUCUGUAGAUAUAAUGAGAGGUUAUCUUCACAAAACAAUAUCUACAACAGUGGAGUUCAUAGUUGAAAGCGAUGCAGCUGAUCUUUUCGAGCGGCCAGUUUCUCCUGAGAUGGUUAUUUUUUAUAUCACUCAAGACACGCAAAGACACCCACUGCUUGCUGAACUAAAGUCAGCAGGAUUCCGGGUGACAGGAAAGAUGUCCACUCAAUUUUCUUUAUCAGAUCCAAUCACUGGUGAACUAACUGUAGAAGCAUCCGCACUUCCCAUUUGCUCUAUUGACAUUCACUUGCUUCGAGUAGAGUCAGUUCUUCUUGGGGAGAAAAUUGUUACUGAAACCUCUCUGAUUCAGACUACACAGAUUGCAGAUGGAGAUGUCUGUCGCAAUAUGACUUUGCCCAUCUAUGUAAUACUUCCGCGUCUUUUGACCUGUCCAACAAUCUUACCCGGUCCAUUUUCAAUUGAAUUCAAAGCUUGCAUAGCCAUAAGCUUUCAAUCAGAGCUAUCAAAAUUGCAUUCAAAAUCUGAUCCCACAAGCCCUAGACUUUGGAUAGCGAUGGAAACUUUGCCACUUGAAUUGGUUCGAACAAGAUAGGUUGAUUCGAACGGAGACAACAGUUUGAUCAAGAUGAAGAUGUGUAUAUGAAGUACCUUAAACUUCUGACACUAUAUCUUUUAUUAAUUUUAAUCUCUCAAAUUUUGAGUGCUUCACCGAUGUGAAAAGUUGACGUGGAAAAAUAUAUUUGCAACCGUGAAUUGUG